GGGUUGUGUCUUGAGGGAAGAGAAGCUGUGAUUGGCAUUGGUUUGCUGAAAUAAUUCACUCUUUUGCUUCUUUCUACUUAUAUCCAGUGGUUAAUUCGUAUGGAUUCAACAGAAUUACGUCUACAAUUGACUUAGAAGCCCUUCUUUGUCUAGUUCGGUGUCUUUUCGUGGGGCCCGUGAUGGGUCAGGGUUUCCAGGACAAUAAUUUUUCCCGAAAUCCCGAUUUAGUGAACUGUUGCUUUUUUACACGUGAAGUGUUUGACAGAGCGCCGAGUUCCGGUGGUUCCCCCACCGAAUCUCGGGUUCCCAAGGGGUGUUACUUAGUUAGUUACUUUUCUUUACCGGAAGCUCACCCCCUCCGUUGGUGUUCUCUUUUCUCUCAAUUCGAGCCUGUCUUAGGUUAACAAGAGCAAAGCCAAUAUGCCAGCAUAUCACUCAACGUUCCUUUCGGACCCAGCCUCGAAUGAGAGACUAGUUGGUAACUUUUCCCUUUUACCUCUAAAGACCAAGUUCAGAGGCCCUGCGUACCCAAGCGACUCCGAUUACGAUAUUAUUGAUGAAGUGUUGGACUUGUUCCGUGCAAACUCCUUUUUCAAGAACUUCGAAAUCAAAGGGCCAGCCGACCGUGUGUUGAUCUACGGAAUUCUCUUUGUCUCUGAUUGUCUAUCCAAAAUUUCACCAUCUACUUCGGCUUCAGAGGCUACCAAGAUUUUGACAAACUUAUCGCUUGAAAACUUUGCCAUCCCAGGUGACGGGAACUUCCCCUUGAACUCUUUGUACCAACCUCCAAGGGACAGAUCUGAGCACGAUUUACUCAAGGGCUACCUCACACAGUUCCGUCAAGAACUUAGUGCCAGGUUGAUACAGCGAAUCUACGUUGAGAGCCAAUCCACUCCUAGUAAAUACUGGCUUGCAUUUACAAGAAGAAGAUUCAUGAACAAAUCGUUAUAAUUUGGAUUGGAACUCUAGCAGAAUAUUAAAAACAGAAUAAACAGGUGGAGGAAGGAAUUAGACAACGUUGGAACAG